AUGUUUGCAGUUUCAGUUUUUAUUAUUAGACGAAUGUUAUGUCUAGUGUGCGGAGCUGACGGAUCGGAGCCACAUUAUGGUGGCAGUUGCUGCAGAGCAUGUGCAGCAUUUUUCCGAAGAUAUGUACAUUCUACAAAACAAGAAAUAAGUUGCACAUGCGAUCAAAGACUUAUUUCUUCACAUCCAUGUAGAUAUUGUCGGAUGUUAAAAUGUAUGAAAAUAGGAAUGUGUAAAACACAAGUUCAACCACCACGUGAAAAAAACAAAAUUUUAAAUACGUUUCCGGGUACCACUAUAAUGAUCUCAAAACUUUCAAAUAGUAUCAUCCCAAAAUCGUGUAACAACAUGUAUCGUGCGGUCGCGAAGUGGGUAGAUUUUGACCAAAGACGAAAAGAAUUACGCGGUGAUGAUUAUUUCGAUUAUAAUCUUACACAAAUCACUAAAAUGGUUAAUUUUAAUACAAAUUUGUUAUGGAAACUCGGAGAGUCAAUAUUCUCGGAUGUAUCUCGAUUGAGUAAAGAAGACAAAAACUCAAUGAUUUCAAACUUUUAUAUCAAAUGGCAACUUCUCAUGGAACCGGCAAUAGACUACUCAGCUCAGUAUGAACAAUUUAAAAAUUACAUCGGGUCAAAUGCAUACUACCAAAAGUGUGCUUACUUUUAUGGAAGUUCAAUGCAAAAAGGAAAUAAAAUUUCUGAUGUGGAGACUGUCAAAGUAUUUUCUCCAUUUUGGGACUACUAUUACGCAGAUUUUGCUGAACCAGUUUAUAAAAUGAACUACGACAAAGUGGAAUAUAUGGCUAUAUUUCUUCUACUGUUGUUUGACGGCGCGUACUCAGAUAUUAGUGACGAUGGCGUGAACUUGUGUACAAAUAUUCGAAAAGUAAUACUACGGGAAUUGAACAGUUAUCAAUCGAAUAACAAUUGCUCAGAAGUUCGUCUAGCUGAUAUAAUGGAAACUCUUCGAUUGUUGGAUAAACAUGAGGAAAAGCUACACUAUCAAUUUUGGAUGUGCGGGUCUCAUAAAAUGAUAAUGGAUGAAAAUUACGUACAAAUAUAUCUAGGUAUUAAACAUUAAAUACAUGUAUUUUAUCUUAAUAAAGUUAUUGCUGUCUCAA